AUGGCGCGUUACGAUAUACCUCAUCGCCCAUCUGACGACAUCGUCCUUUCUGAUCUCGAGUCCGCAAGAGACAGGCGUCAGGGAGAGUCCCCGAGAGACUAUUCGCCGUACCACUCCUCCGACUCGUCUCAAUCCACACACCAUGAAGAGGGAUCGAUAGUUGAGAGAGGCUUGUCGCAAUUGGGUCUGGCAAUAGUCCCCAGUUUUCUGCAGCCGGUGUUCGGCGGCGAACCUCCCAAACCGGCCAAGCUGCACGAAAUCGCCGCGUUGGAUGGGUUACGAGGCUGGGCCUGUCUUCUCGUGUUCAACUUCCAUUUCCUUUUCACAUACACAUGGCAAGUCGGGACAGGAUGGGGGUUUGGAGGAGCCAAUUUUGGAAUCCAUCAACUGCCCUUUGUCCACAUGUUGAUCUCCGGCCAUAUCAUGGUUGCCAUCUUCUUUGUCAUCUCUGGCUACGUCCUGUCAUUCCGACCGCUGAAGCUGAUUCGGAGCCGAUCGUGGGAGCAGACUUUUGCCGUCCUUUCUUCCUCAACCUUUCGACGAGGCCUGCGUCUGUACAUUCCAUCCAUUGUGGGGACUCUUUGUGUUUUUCUGGCCGUCCGGAUGGGUUUGUAUGAUUAUUCGCAAAAGGUCGUCUUCGAAGGCCAUACGAUCACUGGGACAAACGAGCAACACCCGCCGAUCUUCAAAACCACUUAUGCACAGUUCUGGGACUGGUACUACACGAUUGUUCGGCUGAUGGAUGUAUGGGACUGGUCGCUCUAUUAUAACAAUUACAACCCACACUUGUGGACCAUUCCUGUCGAGUUUCGGAGCUCGAUUGUGCUGUUUGUUGUCAUUCUUGCAACCAGUCGAUUCAAGGCCAAAGUCCGGAUGAGUUUGGUGGCAUGCUUGAUAUGGUUCUGCAUCCGAUGGGGUCGUUGGGACGUGGUCCUCUUUCUCUGCGGCAUGUUCAUGGCCGAGCUCGAUCUGAUCAACGGCGUCUGGUCGCAUCCGACGUUGGUGGUGGAGAAGCCGGACAACCCAGGCCCGAUAAGGAGAUUCAUCCGCCGCCAUGAGCGGGGCUUUUGGAUAUUUGUCUUCAUAGUAGGGCUUUAUUUCGGGUCUUCACCGAACACGGGCGUGAAAUACACGCCGGGGUACAUGUGGAUAGGGAGGAUGAUUCCGAAGACGUAUCCCGAACCGCAUCGAUUUCCGCAGAGUAUUGGGGCAGUUCUUAUUGUCCACAGCAUCAACAACUCUAAACACAUCCAAAAGCUGUUCAUGAACCGUGUCUCUCAGUAUUUGGGAAAGAUCUCGUACGCAUUCUAUAUCGUCCACGGUCCGAUUUUGCACUCGCUAGGAUAUUCCAUCAUGCCGAGCAUCUGGCGAUACACGGGCAAGCAGACGAACCUCCAAUUCUGCACUGGUCUCCUAAUCGGCUGGAUCAUCUGUUUACCUAUCUCCCUGUGGGCGGGGGAUAUCUUUUGGAGGGCGGUGGAUAUACCGAGCGUAAAAUUCGCUCGCUGGUUGGAAGACAGCAUCUUAGCCAAAGGCAAUGGUGGUGAUGCAUCCUAA